AUGACGGAUUCCGCCGUGAAAAUUCACUUCAAAGGCUUUGGACAUGAAGCCGUUGGGACAGGCUGGACGUCAUUCUUCUUCGAAGACGGGGAGAGCGCAUUGGUCAAGCUGCUGGCAGAGCAGUACAAGAAGCGCUUCUUGGGGAUCGAGCGAAGCUGCAGAGCUGCAACCUGGGCCGCGAGCCUGAAGUGUGAAGUUCUCCGUUUCGGUAGGAUAGUAGCGGCCAGAACCACAGAACGUUCUUGCCCGGUCUUGCCAUGUUUUUGCCAUGGCUCGGAGUUUCUGGCCGUCAUGGCGUGUGAUUGGGUAUAUGUUGCAGAUUCGGAUGAAGAAGCAGGUGAGACGCCUGUCAAGCGUCGCAGAUGUGGCGAUGCCCAGGACAUUCCAGAGAAAGCUCUCGCACUCCGACCAUGCAUCAUGCCAAGCGUCGCUCAGAGCCAGACCAGCCAGACGAGACUCCAAGCGCAAGCUCGACCUCGGCCUGCAGAGCCUGGGCCUUCGCGCACGUCGACGUCGGGACUCGCUACCUCGGAGAAGAGUAUCCGGUCCGACGAGGAUCCAGAGGCUGUCGGCAUUCCUGCCCAAGAGACUUCGGACUUUGAAGGCUACACCUUGCGCGACCUGCGCCGCUUGGUCGCCCAGAUGCUGCCCCGCUAUGGCCGGCUCUUGUCAUGCGCCGAGCGCGCUGCAUUGAGGCGCUUUGAGUCCCUUCCGCUGCGCGCACAGCAACUAUUCGCUCGGUUGCUGAGCAGAAAGUGGCCACAGUGGGUGGCACUGGAAGGCCUCGGAUCCAGGUAUCGAGAAUUGAGCAGCGAGGACGUCGCCGCUGCUGUGGUAGAUCUCAGUGAAGCCAAGGCUUCCAGCUUGCCAGAAUGCGGCCAAAGCGAGACUGGCAGCGGAGGUUGGGCCACCCUGCUCAGCCAACUCCCCGACAUGACCAAGACAGAGCCAGAAGAGUCUCCCAUGCCGUGGUUGCUCGAUACAUCCGCGGAGACGGCCGCUUCCUUGUUAAACCGACAGAUCCCCGAAGCGAUGGCCAGUGAGGACAACUAUGGCAAACUGCUAUUGAGCGCGCUGCCUGCAGCAGAACUUCGUCGAAUGGGCAAAGGUUUGGGCAUUAGCGACCUGCACGGCCUUGGACGACGCAGCCCCAAAAGCAAGCUGGUCUCCAGACUGUGCGAAGCAGCCAAGCAACAGCGACUGCUGCAAACGACCCGUCCAUCGGAGGCCACCACAGAGGCACAGCUCGUGGCAAGGUCCCUGGAGAUGGGCCGCUGGGUUUGCUUAGCGCCGUCCUUGGGCCGUCGGGCUCUCGUCGUUCUCGGAGAGGUUUUCCGGUUGGAGACCUGUGGGGCCGCCGACUCGUCCUACGUCGUCUUCUCAAGCCGCUGGCCAGACUUCUCCUUCCAGCCGGACCACGCUUGUCCACCACUCUUCGCUGACCGUGCAUCGCUGGAUGCUUUCGUGGAAGCACGCCGUCUGGUCUGCGGCAUGGAGAAAUUUCAGGAGAUGCGCCCAUCCUUGGAUCAUGCCGAUUCGAACGCCAAGAUGGCCGAAGAAGGCUUAGAGCGAGCCCUGCAGGCAGUGCACUCCAAUGAGUUCGAAGCUGCCAAAUUCCGGGAUCCAUUCCGGCGGCGCUUCACAGCAGCAUGGUGUUAUGCCGAGGCCUUGCAUCAUGCCGUUCUCCAUUCGCCAGCAGUGGGUCAUGACAAAGAGCUGCAAGCCUCCAAAGUCCGACGCUUAAGGCUGCUGCUAUCUUGCACACUCUGUCCCUCUCAGCGUGGCCGGUGGUACGCAGAGUUGGCCAAAGAGGCAGCGCGCUGCGAGGGUCUGCUCGUGGCCAUCGAGGUGGCAGCAGCUGGUCUGGCUGAGGGUGAAGACAAACCACUGAGUGUUCGCAUAGCUGUCGACCUGACACUGGACAUGCCUUCCUCACAAGAGGCCGGGGAGGGGACGAGUGCAUCGGCGCUACUUCCGCGCGAUGCCCGCUGGGAUUUGGCACGGCGCUGUCGGGUACUGGCUCGGAGGCUGGCGAAGGCCAAGGGUUCUGGAGGGCGACAGUGCGACUGGCAGAAACUGCUGCAAAACACCCAGGUGGCGCAACGCAAGGCGGAAGGUGGAGAUGAUUGUGGCAAAUGGUUGCCGAAGCUCGUCUCGCGGCUGAUUGCGGAAGAAGAUGCUGCAGCAGGACGCGUGCAGAUCCUCUGUGCUGCAAGAAUUGGGCUGCCGCAAGUCGCGCCUCCUGCGAGUGGGAAGGGCGCCGGCCAGCGGCGGAUGUUUGAUGGAUUUCAUUUGGAAGAGCUUACGGUCGAGCAGCUCGCGAUGCAGCACUACUUCUCCUUCGAAGGAGGUGCAUUCCAGUGUGGCAUCCACUGCGAGGGGUCCAUACUGAGAGACUUGUUUGGCAUCCUGAUGUUCGACGAGCUUUUUGAUUGCUCUGUGGCGGAUGCCUUCGUGUCGUCCUUUCAGGAUGCACCGCUGGACUUGGGAACAGAAGCAUUUUACCCUUCCAGAGUUUCGAGCAUCGAGCGGCGCUUGGCCAAGCUUGAGUCGAUGACUCACCGUGAAGUCGCAGAGGAUGUGCGCGCAAGAUUCGCAAAACUUUACGGUUGUCGAGUGCGUGGGGUUCGUUGGGAUCGGUACGAGGGGCAGAGCGGCGUUUUCCUGCAGAUUCAGGGCACCGACAGUCUGGACACAACACCUGGAAAGAGCGACACCGACGAAACCGGGGAUGAUGCGGGCCAAGUGCAGAGUCAGAGCGGCAAAGUCCGGCGAGUGCUUUGCACAUCUCUGCCCAACAGAGAGGUGGUUCCGGAGGACAGAGAUCUCUCGAGCGCUGCUGGGGCGAUAGGAGGGAAGGCCCUUGCUGCGGCGCUGCGGCUGCUUUGCGAGGAUUAUAACUCGGCCGGGCUGCCUGACUUGCUGCUUUGGUCCUGGCACCUGGGCAGCGCUCCUCGUGCCCGAUUCGUGGAGGUGAAGAGCGAGCGGGACAACCUCGCGAGGAGGCAGCGCUUGUGGCUCGCAACCUUGCGGGGUGCAGGAGCUCAAGCGGAGGUGUGCCACGUGCGUGACGGACGAGUACAGGAGCACGAGACGAGCCGAUUGUCGUCCAACCGUGGGCCCCGUCGAAGACGAUCAAAGGGUCAAAGUGAAAGCAGCGAGGGGUUUUGA